AUGAAUCCUCGUAAUAAAUCAUAUUUGAAACUAUUUUUUUACCUUGAAGGCACACUUGUAGCAACUUCUUUUUUAGGAUUUGUUUUGUUACGAAGGAAUGAAUCAAUAAGACGUAAAACAUUUGAGAAUUUACCCACUUUGGCAGAAUGGUACUAUUCAACAGAAGAUUUAAUAUCAUUUGGACAAUUAUCUGGAAGACAAUUACGACAUAGGGAUAUUAACACUUGGUAUAAAGAUCUUAAUUUUGGUAAAGAUUUAGAUUGUGAUUAA